UAUAAUAUCCGUGUGGCCGGGUGUAAGUCGGUGCCGAAAUACGCGGGUGUGUUCCCCCUCACGGGUGUCCUGAGGCCCCGGGGCCGCGCUCCUGCCCCUCUCCGGUACUGGCGCUCCAGUCACAAAAGCCUAAGCCCGGCUCAGCCUGGCCCUCUGUGCUCAUCUGCUUCGAUUAGGGAGCAUGGCUACAAAGAAGCUAAGAAGAGCAAGGUUGUCUCAUGAUCUGUGUGAAAGGCUGAGUCGCCAUCAGAUCACUACCUGUCAGGACUUUUUAUGUCUUUCCCUCUUGGAGCUAAUGAAAGUGACAGGACAGAGCUACUAUGAUGUGCAGAAGCUUCUUUGUAAAGUCAGCCAAGCUUGUGCUCCCAAAAUGCAGACAGCUUAUGAAAUGAAACUGAGGAAGUCUGUCAAUCCCUCUUCAGCCUUUUUAUCCACCACGCUGCAUAGUCUGGAUAAAGUCUUGCAUGGUGGAGUGCCCUGUGGAUCCCUCACAGAGAUAACCAGUCCACCAGGUUGUGGCAAAACUCAGUUUUGCAUUAUGAUGAGUGUUCUGGCUACACUGCCUGUAAGCAUGGGAGGACUAGAUGGGGCUGUUAUAUACAUUGACACAGAGUCUGCAUUCAGUGCUGAAAGGUUGAUUGAGAUAGCAGGAAGCAGAUUUCCUACUUAUUUUGACUCAGAUGAAAAGCUGUUCUGCAUGACUCGUAGCAUUCACCUGUAUCGAGAGCUGACCUGUGGCAGUGUAUUGAAGAGGAUUAUGUCUUUGGAAGAAGAAAUUAUUUCAAAGAACGUUAAACUCAUAAUAAUCGACUCUGUUGCUUCAGUUGUCAGAAAGGAAUUUGACACAAAACUCCAAGGCAACCUGGCUGAGAGAAGUAACUUCUUGGCUAGAGGAGCAUCGGUAUUGAAGUAUUUGGCAGAGGAGUUCUCAAUACCAGUUAUCUUGACAAAUCAGAUUACCACAUGGUUGAGCAAUGGCCCCUCUAUCCAGGCAGACCUGGUGUCUCCAGCUGAUGAUUUGUCCCUGUCUGAAGGGUCUUCUGGAAGUGUGAAGAGGGAAUAUGGUUGUGUGACAGCAGCCCUUGGCAACACAUGGAGUCACAGUGUCAACACCAGACUCAUACAAUAUCAUGAAUUACCAACAAGACAGCUCCUGGUUGCUAAAUCUCCUGUUGCUCCAUUCUCUGCUUUCUUCUACACCAUUGAGAAAUCAGGCUUGGUUCUUCAAGAUGGAAAGGAUGAAACAAAUUUAACCUGGGAAGGAACCAAUCCUGCCCUGCAGACCAUACGAGUGAGGAACACUGUCUUGAAAGAUACUUUACUUGAUGCUGCUUUACCCAGCACUAUUGACUGCCUGACUUCCUCCCUGCGGUGCUGUGUGUGCAAGCAAAACAAGAGGUGUUCCUGCCAUAAUCUCUGCAUCACCAUAACCCCUGAGGAUAAUAAAAGAUCAUUCCACCGUGCCAAGUGACGAGCUUCAAGGACACCAUCUCUAGAUGGCAAAUGCCCUGCUCCCAUAUUUCCAAAACUACAUGCCGUGGGGAGGCACCAAAUUACUCUCCCUACGUGGUGCCCACACACCCUGUCUGGCUGCAGCUGCUGCCUGGGGAGGUGAGCCAGACACCAGGCUGGUGACCCCCAGCCACUGCAGUAACAGUGGAGGUGGCACUGCUUGAGCUCUGCCCCUGAGCUGAUGAGCUGUUGUGGCACUGCCUGGUCCAGACUGCUGAAUCAGCAGGUUUUCCCCCUCACAUUCAGCUGUGGGUGCCCCACAGCCGCACGCUGUUGCCACCAACAGUUGGAGCUGCCUCAUUCCUAAGAGUUGCACCCCACAGGGCUCUCCACCCGAGGGCAGUUGCCUUUAGGAGGAUCCUUGGUGCUUUGUGCAUGGCAUGUCAGAACUGUGCUACCCUUGCUGCUGGUAGCAUCGUUCACCUGGAAAGGCCAGGUGGGCUGUGACACUGGGGGGUGGGUGCUGGGGGGCCAGCUUGGAUCUUCUCAACCGUGGGACAGUACUGUGAGGCUUUCCCUGCUGUCUGUCGAGUCCUGUGUGCAGGUUCAGUGAAGGGGAAAAAAGUCAUUCACAAACUGCAUAUCUAUUGCUGAAUUUAUUCACGGAGUGGCAGUCGCCUUUCAUCCUCCCCCCUGAGCCCUGUGUGCAUUGCUGGCAUUCUCUCCCAAUCCCAUAUAAUAAUUCCCAGGUCUCCACAAGCCACUGCCUGCCAAUGGAGCCCACCGUCACUGGACCUCCAGCCCAGUCACAUGAAAAGUUACAUGCAAAGGUUUAAUGCUUUCUCCUGACCCCAGCCCCCAUUCCUGUGAAUCCCCUGCAGUGUUUUCCUGAUCAGGUGCCAAGGAAGCUUUGCACUGGGCAGAGUGCUAAGAAAGUGGUUUUUUAGCUCCGAUGUUUCCAGAGUCUUUGAGCUCUCUCCUAAGCCUCAAGUACAAGCUGUGGAGCCAGAUGAGUGUGUCAGAAGGCUGACUUUUACACCAGAAGAAAAAAACAGAACUGCUGCUUUCCAACCAAGCCCAUAUCCCAUAUUGUUGUUGCCCCACUUUCUCUAGCCCAGCCACCAGCUUAAUGGUUAAUGGGUUCAGCAGGGUAUGGAAAUCACAUCUUUGAGCUUGUGUACAGGGUACACAGCUGUGAUCCAGUCUAAUGGAUCAACUUCACUGGACAUUGUCAAUGUUUGUUAUUAAGGAACCAA